AUGUCCGGAGCCAGCCAAGCCGUGCAGCCGAUGCGGGUUGACCUGGCGCCGCCGGCCACGCUCAUCCCCUACUCAGUCGAAGACCUGACCUCCGGCUGGCUGGAGGCGAUCUUGCGCCGCAAGCACGGCGACUUCUACAGCAUCGGCGCCCACGACAGCUACGGCCUCAAAGGCAACCAGAUCGCGGCCUGCAGCGACUUGCGCUGCUUCACCGCCCGCGGCCACGUGCGGGGUCACGAGGUCAUCGAUCACGUGAUCGUCAAACUGCUGCCGGUCAACGAGCUGAUGCGACGCGUUGUGAUCGACCACCGCAUGUCGCACUGCGAGACAAUGGUGUACAAGGAGCUGCUGCCGGCGCUGCGCGCCUUCGAGCGCCGCCACGGCAGCAAGGACGUGCAGGAGAUGACCGUGCCCUGCCUCUAUGCCGAGGUGCUCGACGAGCCCGACUGCGCCAUCGUCCUCGAGAACGUCCAGAAACGCGGCUACUGGACGACCGACUCGCUACAGCUGCAGAAGCCGCAGCUGAACGUGGCGGUGCGGAGUCUGGCGCGGCUCGCCGCCACCUCCCAUGUCUGGCUGGAGGAGACGGGCAUCUCGGAUCUGUCGUACUUGCUGAAGAAUUCGAUCUCAGACGGCGACCAGCUGAUCAGUUUUAUCAGCCUCGGCAUCGUCAAAGUAUCGGAACGGCUGGAGCAGUUGCAGCAGCGCCAGCUGCUGACCAAGCUGACCAACCUGCAGCGGGUGAGCAUCCGCCUGCUGAACGCCUUCCUGCAGCGACGGCCUGCGUUCCGCGUGCUCUGUCACGGCGACUUCCGCGACGGCAACCUGCUGCUGCGCGAGACGCCGGACGGCGACUGGCAGCUGCGCGCCGUCGACUGGCAGGCGUCGCGGCUCGGCGGGCCGGCGCUCGACCUGCUCUACCUGCUGCUGUUCUCGCUGCCGCGCCGGCUCAUGGCCGAGGUCGAGGCCGACGUGUUGGCCGCCUAUCGCCACCACUUCAACCAGAAGCUGGCCGAGCUGGGCUGCGCGCGCCGCUACUCGGCCGACCAGCUGAGGCUCGACUUCACCGCCGCCAAGCUGGUCGGGCUAGUGUGGUGUCUGUCUGCCGUACAGUUCUGGGAGCGCGUGCCCGGCUGGGUGGAGCACACGGUAGACUUGGCGAUCGAGGUUGACACUCUCGGGCUGCUGGACGACCUGGCCUGA